CCUUAUCAUCGUCACUCAUAGUAGAAUCUCGGCACGUACCAAGAAGUGAAAAGAAAGAUGAGCCACAACUUGGAAACAAGGUCAUUAAUGGGUGAAAUCCGUCGCUUUGAUAAAUGUUGUUUCUUCGACUUUGGCCACCCUCUCCUUAACCGUAUUGCUGAGAGCUUUGUCAAAGUCGCUGGGAUUGGAGCAAUUCAAGCGGUGUCACGGGAGGCUUAUUUCACAGCCAUUGAAGGUGCUGGACUUGAGUCAAGUGGUGGUGUGCCCCCGGAGAUUUCUGUUGAUGGCAAGAAGCUCCAUCGUGCCCCUGACCUCAGAGGUGAAACCAACAGAAAAUCUCUCGAAGCCUUGGUGAGGAACACUGGAAAAGAAUCUUUACAAUGGGGACUGGCCGCAGGAGUUUAUUCAGGUCUCACUUAUGGACUAAGCGAGGCUCGUGGAGUUCAUGAUUGGAAAAACACAGCAGUGGCUGGAGCAAUAACAGGUGUGGCACUGGCACUUACAACAGCUGAUAUAUCCCAUGAGCAGAUUGUGCAAUGUGCUAUCACUGGUGCUGCGAUCUCAACUGCAGCAAAUCUUCUUACAGGGAUAUUCUAAGUAGAAAACUAGAAAUUUAUUAGAGACUACCGGUGUCUCGAGUUAUCAAACCUUGGCUUCCAUUUUUCAAUCUAGUUCGUGACGUUUUGCUGCAGUCUUAAGUAUUUUUUAUUAAGAUUUCUUUUUGAACUUGAUGUUUUAUCAUAAUCUGUGAUCCCUAGAUGGAGGUUUUGGCCUGCCUUUCAUUUCAUGUAAUAACAAAGCUUAAUUAUUUAGUUCUUUUCAUGUUUUGAUUGGGAUCAAAUGCCCAACAUUGAGAUAGGCUUGGAUAAUGAGAAAAUGCUUCAAUAUUUUAUUCUUUGA